CAACUUCCUGCGGCACCUGUGGCUGUUCCGCCAUGCCGUUAAAAUUCUAUUGGACCAGGCGGGACAGUUUUGAGCACUGCGCGGAAGGUUGUGUCAGUUUUUCAGCAAGUUGCACCCGUGCCAUUUGACCCUGGCAGUGUUCCUGUAGCGAUGCUGCUGGCCACUAUCUAUUUAUACUAUGUUGUUGAAUACAAGCCCUCGCGGAAGCGAGCAAAACUCCUUGAGGACCUUGACAUGAAGGUCGUCCAUCGGCCCUCCGAGUGCGAGCUCAUAGCGAGUGAUGGUGACUUGCUUCAUGUCCAUUACACCAGUUUCUUGAAAAACGCCGGACAACAAUUUGAAACCACAAAGGGUGGCGAGCCGUACGUUUUCAAAUUGGGCAACUGUGUCAAGCGUGCGAAGCCGGAAUGCAUGAAGGGCUUUCAGACUGCAGUGACAGGCAUGUGCACCGGUGAAAAGAGGAAAGUCACAAUUCCCCCAAAGCUUGGGUAUGAGAAGAAGGUUCGUCCAAAGGAGAUCAGUGCCGACGAACGCAUCCUGUUUCACAUAGAGAUGAUUGACAUCGACAAGAAUUAGUUUGCCAAGCAGCGGCCAGAUCAACGAC